AUGAUCGGCGAUACACCUCUGGUGGAUACCUAUGAGGCUAACUCGGAUUCAGACGAAACAGAAGAUGAUUAUGAGAUGGAUUCAAUUGGGUCAUUUUUGGAGCGCGUCCAGGUUGUUAGGCAGACUCCUUUUGAGUUACCGAAGACAGUUUCCCUAAUCGAGUGUCCUAACGGCACGAAAGUAUAUCUGAUUAUGGGAAAUACCCUUCCCGACGUUGUUGUUGUUGAGUUGUGUAGGAAUCGAAGUCAUUCUAUGCUUCUAUCUGAAGACGAUAUAAAGAGACAAAUUCGGGAGAAUAGCUUGAUUGCUUACGUAAGAAAUAUGGGUGUAUCAAAUGGUGUUCUACAGUAUCUCUUGCUUCGAUUCACAAAGUAUAUUAUGGAUCAAAUAGGAAUGGCACCUGGUGGUGAAUUUCGUGCUGCGUUCCAGGAAGCUUCUAGGCAAGCUCACUGUCACCUUAUUCUCGGUGACCGACCAAUUAAAAUAACCUUACAAAGGGCAAUGGAUGCACUGGGGUUGUGGCAGAAAACGAAAUUUUUCUUCUCUUUGUUAUUCGACUUUGAGGAAAUAACUCCCGAGGAUGUUGAAGAAAUGAAAAGUGAAGACCUUCUGGAAAAGCUAAUUAAGGCAUUGGCUGGUGACUACCCCGAGUUGACACGCAUUAUUUUGGAAGAGCGAGAUCUAUAUCUAACGCGAUCCAUUUGGGAGGUGUGCGGUUUGUCAACUGAAGAGCUGGGACAUGCUACAGAUCAAAAGAGAGAGGAAAUGGGUCUCGAAGACCAUGAAGAAGAAGCGGGAAUAGCAGUGCGCAGGCGGCCCAGUCACGGCCAGAAGCGAAGGGAUUUAGACGAGAGGGGAGAGGCCUCGAUGGCGGUGGAUCUAUUGGAACCUGAAGAACGCUCUCAUCUCCGUCAAGAUUGCUGUUGCUGGUGUCCCGAGUGGCCUGGAUCAAGUAUUUUACCUCGUGUCGUUGUUGCAGUUGUCGGAAUUGGCCACGUGGCCGGCAUAAAGAAGGCGUGGAAUCACGCUGCCACCAUCGAUAAAGCUGAACUCCGAAGGUUUUGUAAUACACUUAUACACUGUCUCAAUCUUGAAUCUCAUUGUUAUUGUCUUGAUAGUCUUUAG